GCGCUGAGUAAGGGAAUAGAAAAUAUUCGACAGCGACGACUCUCCGGCGGAGCUGGUGGUUAACUCCGCCUUACCACGGCUGCCUGUUGAAAAACAUUAAUCGAUCACCAUGGAUGGAGAAGAGCUCAAAGAAGGACUUUCGAACUUAUCAGAUACAGAAUUGACCGGCAAAAUUGCUAGGCUAAAAAAAUCUCUGUCUAGCAACAUUGGUGUUAGGUUACCCGAUGGAGGUGAAAAGCUUAGGGCAAAUAUCAAACUGCAUGAGGAUGAAUUAGAAUGGAGGAAACGGGUCGGUUCCGAUCAGGUGCACCUUAUAACUUCGAGCCACAGGCUUCACCAUCUGUGUCCUCUUCACAGUCCACCUAUGCUGUUUGGUUUUUGAACAAGUUGGAAGCAGAAGCAGAGUCUAAGCCAGCCAAUGCUUUCCAAGAAGAACUAUAUGCUCUGAAUCCCUGUGACCGCAAACAUAUAUUAAACAACCAGUUUUCGCAAAGAAAAAGACACAAGCGAGAGUUGUUGUCACAGGAAGCACCUUAUAAGUCUCCUGUAGACAAAGGUGAACAAGUUCUGAAUGUUGAUCUAAAAGGAUGGGAUUCUUCUACUUGUUCUAAAGAAAAUAUCGCCAGCUGUUUCUUGGACAAGUUUAAAGCCUCUCAAGCACAAUCUUCAUAUACUCGAAGGCAUGCAAAUGGGCAGGCUGUUGUUCUAGUGGAUGAGGAGGAUCCUGAUGCAAUUAAAGAGACAGAGCCAGUGGACCAAGUAAUUGAACGAAAGGCAACCACGAUAUACUAUCCUUCACGGGUUGAUCCCGAAUCCGUUGAAAUUUGUUGUUUGGACAUGGAAUCUCUAGCACCUGAAGCAUAUUUGUCAUCGACUAUAAUGAAUUUCUACAUCCGGUACCUCCAGAAGACAAAGCCUCAUGCAGAUGUCGAUGAGUAUCACUUUUUCAAUACAUAUUUUUACCAGAAGCUCAAAGAGGCUGUACUGAGCAAGCAGAAUGAAAAGGAAGCUUCAUUUGUCAGACUAAGAAGGUGGUGGAAAGGGGUGAAUAUAUUUGAGAAAGCCUAUAUAUUUCUUCCCAUACAUGAAGAUCUUCAUUGGAGCCUGGUUAUAAUUUGCAUACCAGAUAAAGAAGAUCAACUGGGGCCAAUUUUACUUCACUUGGAUUCAUUAGGGCUUCACUGCAGCAAGUCCCUUUUUGCUACCAUAAGAAAAUUUUUGGUAGAAGAAUGGAAAUUCUUAAGACAAGGAGAAGUGCCAGCUCUUCCUAUUUCAGACAAAAUAUGGGAAAAUCUUCCACGAAGAAUUGAUGAAAACAUCAUUCAGGUCCCACAACAAAGAAAUGAGUAUGACUGCGGUCUGUUUGUUCUUUUCUUCAUGGAGCGUUUCAUUGACGAAGUUCAUAGAAGGCUUAAAAAGAAGGAUUUCACCUUGUUUGGAAGAAGGUGGUUCAAACCUGAAGAAGCCUCUUGUUUGAGGAUGAAAAUCCACAGAAUACUCGAGGAAGAAUUCAAGAAUGCGAGUGAGAAUGAUUGAUAUUUUUGGGAUUGCUACUGUGUACAGGUAACUACUCUUGCUCAAAGAAAUCCACUAGCAGUUUUUCAGCAUAGACUAGGAACUGCUAAUCACCAAAGGUCAUGACAUGCCUGCCUUGCAUAGCUGUAAAGUUGGAUACUGUUGUCAGUCACGCAUCAACCAUAAACAGGCAGAGGAUUUAGUAGAACUGAUAUUGACCCAUCCAAUGGGAAGGAGAAAUACACUAGACUUCCCUGGGAAAUAUAUACAUUGUACAGAAACCAUAAUUGAACAAUCACCAAGGGGAAAAAAACCGAAGAUUUGGGUGAUGCAUCGAUAUUGACCAUCUGCUGAAGCGAGUAGCCCCUAAAACCAGAAGCUGCAGCCAUGUCCAUUUCAAAGAUAGAAGGUAUCUAUGGAUCACCAGUUCCCCCCUCCCCCUCUCUCGAUUUGUGGCAGUUUUCCUUCUGCUAAAAACAGUUUCACAUGUUUGCAUUGAAGCGAACAAAAUAAGUGAAAGCUCUAGCUUAAUGAAGAAACAACUUCUUCACGUCCUUUUAGUUAAGGCAGCAGUUUUUACUGCUGCUUCCCGCUUGAUAGUUUAUCAAAUGAACCAAUUCAGUUAGGAUCCUAUAGAACUUGUCUUUUUCAAAUUCAAAAUUUGUUCUGCGACUAUGUUUUCACCUCAAGAAUUAU